GGUGCUUGUAAAAUUUCCUUUGCUGCGAAGAUCAGGAUUCAUUUGGAAUGAACUGGUGAAAGCUGCUCGUGUUAUUUCGAGAGCAGUCCCAGCGGUUGUCCAUUCUUGAUCUUACCAAUUUAUGAUGCUCGCGCAAAAGCAAGAUGGAAGUGAUCACUAUGGAACGCAGGACGACGAUUGAUCGAAGUUCCUGGAGAGCACUAACUUACUACUAGAAACCAGCCCGAGUCCGGCACAGACACUCCCCACGCUUCAGACGUUUUGUGACAGAACAUCCUGUAGAGGGGAGUUCAUGAUGCGAGGAGGACUUCUCAGAUCAUGGCUGGUUCGUUUAUGUCUUUUCGUCUUCGCUGCUCCGGGAGGGUACAACUACAGCUACGGAAUUCAUCAUCCACUGCAGGUUGUUCCCCUCGUCCUGCUCUGCAGUCGCACCACCGCAUUGAAAAUCCCCGGUCCGGAGGACAGACACCACAACCCCUUGAGCUGCGGGUCUCGAAGAAGAUGAAACCGACAUCGUGAACGACCAACAGGUUCUGUACGAGUCCUACAUCACGUUCGACAACGGGCAAGUGUGGGAGGCGGUUCGAACCGAUGUGGAGGAGACACCGCUGUCUCUGCCGUCCGCGAAAUCCUGCCGGUCCGCACCGGGGCUCUUGCUCGGAGUCUCGCCCGAGGCGGAGUUGUACGUGUCGCGCGACGGGGGGCGGCGGUGGGAGCUGAGUCUGCGCGGCCAGUACCACGCGCAGAUUCUCGCCGGCGGCGACAUUUUGGUGGCCGCGCCGAACGCGGAAACUGGUGCAAAAGCCAACACGCUGUUGGUAUCGACCGACCAGGGCACGACCUGGUCCGCCGUGAGCCGGCUGAAACCCCUGGGAGGGGGUCGUGGAGACAGGUCGGUUGCGAACGGGGGCAGUCCAGAACAGGACGACAUGCAGGCCUUCACGAUCGGGGACCGCAUCUCCGUGGACAGUGACGGCAUUCGGCGCGACGAGCGGUUUGCGUCCAACAAGGGAAUGACUUCCUCCUCCGCACUGUUCCCCCCACCAGUAGCAGAUGAAAGAGAUGCUCCUGCAGCUGUGUCGAUGUCAUCAACAUCUUCCGACGACGGUAGGAGUGCGACGGACCUUCGUAUAUCCGGCCUUUUCACUCACCCCAGUUGCCUCUCCACGGUCGUGUACGUCGAGACCUUCGACACGCAAACCCGCACCUAUCGCACCUACACCGUAGACAUGGCGGAUGCGCAGUACCAGCGGCUAGGUCUCUGCACGCUCGGAGAUCUGGAACCCUUUUCCAUUCGCGACGAAAACGACUGCCACCUGGGAGAACGGCUCACUUUCUGGCGCCGACCGCGGGACGCCAGCUGCCGAUCCGCCCACGUCGCCACAUCCGAGAUUCGCGACGAAACAGCGGAUGGUAUGAAUACUGCCUCCUCUCUCGCGGACCACUUCCAGGCAGGGAACAAAGAUUUGUGGACCCUCCUCGGUAGAGAUACUAGAGGGAAUAAUGGCGGAGGCGAUGCGAACAUCAACUUGAGCAAUUUGCGGAGAAAUGGGAACAGCGCCAACAACAACAUGCAAACAGCGGCGUCAAACGCCAUGAGUAAUCUAGCCUAG